UUUUUGGAGAAGGGAGAAUGAUCCUGCCGGGGGACCAGCCGCCGCUCCACUGAACACAUGGAGUCCUCUACAGCAGGAGGAGGAGGAGGAGGAGGAGGAAGGUGGAGGCUCCAUCGAGUCCUCCUGGUCGCUCUGAUGUGGACGACUCUGCACAGACGAGCGCUGGGCUGCAGCUCCACAAACUGUAACCUGGUCUUAACGGAGGCCCAGGGGGACUUCACGUCGCCCUGCUACCCCCUCAAGUACCCCAACUCCCAAGUCUGCAAGUGGGUCAUGCAGGCGCCGGCCGGCUUCAUCGUGCAGCUCUCCUUCCUGGACUUCGACCUGGAGGAGGCGCCAGGCUGCAUGUACGACAAGGUGGUGGUGAACACGGGCAGCACCGAGGUGAAGUUCUGCGGGCCGACGGCCAGCGGGCUGACUCUCAACUCCACGGGGGACGUGAUGGAGCUGUCCUUCACCUCCGACUUCAGCGUGCAGAAGAGGGGCUUCAGUGUUAGCUUCAGACAUGUUGCCGUUGCUUUGAGGAACCAGAAGGUGAAAAUAACCAACGGCAACAGCGACGUCACCGAGGUGGCGGACUCCGUCUCCAUCCCGGCGCUCAGCCAGCUGACCGUGUGCUUCGAGGUGGAGCGCAGCAGCAAGAAACAGAAAGAGUCCCUCUUCACCUACUCCGACGCCGAUGACAGCGUGGUUCUGAGUCUGGGCGCCGACAAGAACAAGAUGAGGCUGACGGUGGACGAGGCGGAGUGCCCCAUGGACGGCAUCCUGUCCCCCGACGACUUCACCUCCGCCAUGAAGUCCUUCUGCGUCAUCUGGUCGUCGUCCGGCGGCCGGGUGGAGGUUUAUCACUACGGGCAGCUGAAGGGACAGACCUGCGGCGACUCUGCCGGCCGCUCGGUGCCGGCCGGCGGGAACUUCCAGUUAGGAGGGCAGCAAAGCUUCAAUGGAAACAUCUACAACCUGCGGCUUUGGGAUUACGCGAUGACCAUGCAGCAGCUGGCAGCUCUAACCUGCGACGCCGUGGGAAACGUCAUCGACUGGGACAACAGCCACUGGACCAUCCCGUCCACCAUGGCUCAGACCGACGCCACGCUCAGCUGCAUCUGCUACCCUCAUUGCACGUACUUAACCACUGCUGCGCCAACUAGUGGUGUGUCUCUGCCCAGCAACACUCCUGUCACAACCAGCUGCGACUCCCCCGGACAGGGCUGCCCAGAGGGUUUGUUCUACAGGAUUUCCUUGGUGGUGGAUGAUGGGAGCUCGGCGCUGGCGCAGGAGGAUGUGGAGCAGACCGUGGCUCUGUGGCUGAAUCAGACAUUCCAUAACUGGACUCAUGCAGUCUACGUGGAUAAUAUCAGUGUUCAGCCCGUUGUGCAGACUGGAGAUAAUCCAACCAGUUACAGCUGCCGGGCGCUGCUGGUUCAUUACGACAUUACCAAUGAGAGCGUGGGUGAAGCCGCCGUGUCGACGAGGCUUUCCAGCAGACUGGGAUCUCUGGCCGCCGACCUGGAGGUCCAGCCCGCUUCUGUCAGCGUGCAUCUGAUCGAAAACUGUCCAGAGGAGAAUCCUCUCCACUACCGCUGGCCUGAGAGCAGACCCACCAUCACCCAGUACCUGCCCUGCUUCCCCAACAAGGACCAGAGCACCUCCAGGACCUGUUUGAUCAACCUGCAGAACUACUCCUCCUACUGGUCGGCUGCAGACUUCAGUAAUUGCACGGACAUCGACACCAUCGAGGUCUCAGCAGAAAACGCAGCGGAGGUGGCGGUGCAGCUGGCGGACAUCACCAACGACGAGCUGUCCGUGGAAGAGGUGUCCAAAGUGGUGACGAAGGUGAACCAGCUGGUCAACGUGGCGAAGAUCAACAAAACUCUGGCGAAGACGGUCGUCACCAUCAUCUCCAACGUCAUGACCAGCUCAGAGACCACGCUGGCACACACGUCCGAGAGAGCUCUGAAGACCGUCGAUGAGCUGCUGCAGAAGAUCGAGUUCGAGGAGCCGUCCAUCAACAUCACCUCCAAAAACCUGGCCGUGGGGAUUCUGGCCGUCGACGCCGCCGACUUCAACGGGACGUCCUUCAGCGCCUUCAUCCCUCCAAACACCACGGAUCCACAGGUGGAUUUUGAGUCUCAGCAGCUCAACUCUUUAGCCCAGGUGGUCCUGCCGGCGUCCCUGCUGUCCAGCGAGUCUCUGAGCGAGGCCGACAGAGCAACGCUGUCCAGGAUCAACUUCAUGUUCUUCAGCAGCACCAGCCUCUUCCAGAAGGAGCAGGAGGGCCGCUCUCUGAACAGCUACGUGGUGGCGAGCAGCGUGGGGAACCUCUCCGUCAGCGGCCUGGUGGAGCCGGUGGUGAUCGAGAUCGCUCACAUCUCUGAACUGCCCUCCCUGAAUCCAGUUUGCAUGUUCUGGGACUUCAGCAUGAACUAUGGAGCCGGAGGCUGGAACGCUGCAGGCUGCAGAGCUUCAGAUGAAUCCACCAGCAACAAAACCAUCUGCCUGUGUGACCACCUCACACACUUUGGCAUCCUCAUGGACAUCUCUGGAGCUUCGCCCCACAUCGACCCCAAGAACAACAAGAUCCUGACCUUCAUCACCUACAUCGGCUGCGGCAUCUCCGCCAUCUUCUCCGCCGCCACGCUGCUCACCUACAUCGCCUUCGAGAAACUGCGCAGAGACUACCCGUCGAAGAUCCUGAUGAACCUCAGCACGUCGCUGCUGCUCCUCAACAUGGUGUUCCUGCUGGACGGGUGGCUGGCCAGCCUGGACACGGAGUGGCUCUGCCUGUCUGCGGCCAUCCUGCUGCACUACUUCCUGCUCACCUCCUUCACCUGGAUGGGCCUGGAGUCCAUCCACAUGUACAUCGCCCUUGUCAAAGUCUUCAACACCUACAUCCGCCGAUACAUCCUCAAGUUCUGCAUCGUGGGAUGGGGCCUCCCUGCAGUGCUGGUGGGCAUCGUGGUCUCGGUGGAUAAAAACUCUUACGGCCUGCAGGAAUAUGGAAAAGGACGGUCAGCUGAGGGAUCGUCGGAGUUUUGCUGGAUCCAGAAGCCGGUGGUCUUCUACACCACCUGCGUGGGCUACUUCUGCCUGGUGUUCCUGCUCAACGUGGCCAUGUUCAUCGUGGUCAUGAUGCAGAUCUGCGGCCGGAACGGCAAACGCAGCAACCGCACCCUGCGGGAAGAGGUCCUGCGGAACCUUCGGAGCGUGGUCAGCCUCACCUUCCUGCUGGGAAUGACGUGGGGCUUCGCGCUGUUCGCCUGGGGCCCCGUCAGCCUGCCCUUCAUGUACCUCUUCGCCAUCUUCAACUCACUGCAAGGCCUCUUCAUAUUCAUCUUCCAUUGCGCCCUGAAGGAAAACGUGCAGAAGCAGUGGAGGAGAUACCUCUGCUGCGGCAAAUUCAGGCUGUCCGACAACUCAGACUGGAGUAAGACGGCGACCAACAACACCAAGAAGGUGAGCUCGGACAACCUGGCCAAGUCUCUGUCGUCCAGCUCCUUCGGCUCCAGCACCGCCAACUGGACGUCCAAGGCCAAAGCCACGCUCAACCCCUUCAGCAAGAGACACAGCAACACAGAUAAAGGCUACUCCAGCCAAACCGGGCCCAAGUGCAUCUCCUCCUCCUCGUCCUCCUCGGAGGCGGAGCCAAACUCCUCCCUGUCCUCGUCCUCCAUCCUCCCCGUCAGCCAGAUGAUCGACAAAGUGAAGGGUUACUGCUCCACGCGCUCCGACAACUUCUACAAGAACAUCAUCCUGUCCGACAGCUUCGCCCACAGCACCAGGUUCUAGGUGUCGGCCGUGAGAUCUCCAGCCGCAUUCCAGAAACUCUGCCUGCGGUUCCACUGAUGGAGACCAUGUCCAUUGAACGGUGCAACACACAGUCUGGUGUUGUCGUCGGACUGCUUCACGCUAACACUGUAGAACCUGGAACGACUCGUUACAAUCUGGAGCUCUCGAACAACCAGCCCUACAUCCUCUAGAUCCCGCCACCCGACAUUCUGGAGCGAUUUUUGUGUUUUGAAGGAAUUCUUCACAUUGUAGAACUCCUGACGGGGCAGUUCGGGGGUGGUGCCUCCUCUGGAACUGUGUCCAGUAGCCUCCGACUUUCUAACAGCAGUCCAGACUGAGCACCGUGAUCUGGGAUCUCCAAGCACAUGACAGACUCCUUCAGAAAGGAGGCGUGCAGCAUCCUCCAAGCCCCUGAAACUCUGAAGCUAUUUCCAGAAGCUUUCCCGUCAUGCUCCAGAUCUUAGUUCACCACCUUUCCACACAGAACUCUGGGAAAUCCAUUUAAAAACACUCACCAUUACUGUCUACUUAAUCGUGUUCCAUAGAUUGUUUGUCAAAUAUUUUGCUUUUAAUGCUAUUUGAAUUGAAUUCAUAGGAAGAAUUGUAGAGUUUGGUCUACAUUGAUGUCUCAAGUUCUGUUGAAUUUAAAUAUCUUGUGCAAUUUCCCCUGUUCAUUGUAGCACAUGUAGAAGCUGCCAGCAUAACAUUGAGGAGCAGUGUUCCCGAACGGUUGGCAUAAGAAACAGAGAAGUGGCUCAAUAUGUCCAAAGCUGGCCAAUCCCAGGAUUCACAUUUGUUUGAAAUGCCCUUAAAAUAGAUCUGGAACUCUGAAAAGACCAAUCCUACACCUUUUACCAAAAAAUUCUAUACCGUUUUUAUCUUAUGGAUGAAUUGUGGAACUGAAACGCAGCUAUAGGUGUAUACUUUGGAAUAGUCUCCAAUAUUCCAGUUAGCUCCAUGACUUCUGUCAUUUAAAGAUGUUUUACCAGACAUUACAAAAGGAAAGUUUUAAUGUCCUGUUACCAUUUCCAAAUUCAAUAUAUGUUUUACCAACUGCUUGAAAUACCUGAAUUCUUUCCUCCAUCUUAGCCUUAAAUCAAUCAUUAUUAGAUACAAAAUGAUGUACAUUGUACAGAUACUGUCUUUUGAAACUUCAGUUGUUUUUUGUUUGUUUUUUUCUUGUAAAUUUAGUUCUACUUUUUAGCAAGAAUUCAAGGUUUUGGCCAUGUUUUGUUGGAUCUGUGCAAUUUCCAUUUUAAUGAAAUUUCUUGGAAUGAGUGUAAAAGCUGCCAUCAUGUUCUUCAAUGUUCUAGAACGGAUUUUGAUCUGGAAUUUUCCCAAGUAUGUUAGAACUCUGUCAGACUCAUUCAGAAAGUAAUAUUCUUACCAUUUUAGCUGUGUAUUUAAUGUUUGACUGUGUACAUUCAUUCAGAACAUUUCAUUUUCUGAACAUCUUAGCGAUGUUUUCAACCAACGGACCCGCUCCUUUUACACCAUUCAACUGUAUUUUUAAUUGGAUUUAUAUCUAAUAAUCAAAAUUCUUAUGGGAUUUUAAAAUGACUCUGGGUAAAAUUACUGUGUUUGUGAAGUUUAUUUAAAUACUGUAAGUGUUGCAUGAGGACCUUGAAAAACAUUGCAAAUUGUUGUGUGAACCAAGGAUUGACCGACUAUGUCUCAAUCAAGAUGUGAUUGUCAUUUCAACCCCGUUUGUUCUAGUUCUACUUUUCUUUUUUUUGCAAAGACUAUCAGUGUAAAUCAAAGUACAAAAUCAUGUUCAUCAAUUUCACAGUGAGCUUAAUGGCAUUGUCUGAAUUCAUACUCACACCAGAAAGCUGCUUUUCAGUACCAGUGCAGCAGAUUUAGUAUAAAGUUACACCAUGUAAUUGUCCGCCUUAUACGGAAGGUCAGAAUGGGCGACCGAUUAUAGUAUGUAUUCCAAAGGCAGCCCGUGAAACUGCUGCAAUAAAUCCUUUAAAAGCAAAGAGGUGAAGUUAAAAUAAUCACGGCUAAAGUCGCACUUUGUGUUUUUUAUACGUCACAGGGUCUCCUGGCGGGUGUUGGAGCAUAUCUUAGAGCUACACAGGGUGGUCAGAGACGCUGAAGCGAUUCUACUGUAUCAUAUCAAAUCACGGAAUCAGCUGACCUGGCUGCCGAACGGCGCAAUUGAGAGGAAAUGAAAGGGGAGUAGAGGAGGGAGGGAAGCAUAAACACAAGGCGGGAUGGGAGAGAUAAAAGAUACAAGUCAGCUGUUGAGUUUUAGUCUUUUUUUUUUUUUUAUACUGUGAUGUUCUUGUCAACAGGCCGUUUGUGCAUGUGCGUGUGGAGCCAUAUCCUCUGUAAAUAUUGAUCUGUGUUAUUCUGCGUGCAUUAUUACAUAGUGUUCAAA